CCCGGCUCCCGCGGCCGCGCCUGGUGCCCCUCUGUCUCGCGCCACCUGAGAUGCCCAGGCUGGCCUCUGCCAGGGGCUUAGUCUGCCCUCUCCUGGGGCUUCAGAGGCCAAAAGCACCCUGGUGAGGGGUCCGGGAGGCCCGGGAGGGCCGGGGGGCUCUGCCAGGCCCCUCCACGCCUCUGCCCAGCCAGCACGCUCUGGGAAGCAGCCCCCAGGACCGGGGAGGCACAGGUGGCCCCCACCACCAGGAGGAGCAGCUCCCGCCCCUGUCCAGGGGAUGACGGAUUCUCCUCCGCCAGGCCACCCAGAGGAGAAGGCCACCCCGCCUGGAGGCACAGGCCAUGAGGGGCUCUCAGGAGGUGCUGCUGAUGUGGCUUCUGGUGUUGGCAGUGGGCGGCACGGAGCAUGCCUACCGGCCGGGCCGUAGGGUGUGUGCCGUCCAGCCUCACGGGGACCCUGUCUCCGAGUCGUUCGUGCAGCGUGUGUACCAGCCCUUCCUCACCACCUGCGACGGGCACCGGGCCUGCAGCACCUACCGAACCAUCUAUAGGACCGCCUACCGCCGCAGCCCUGGGCUGGCCCCUGCCAGGCCUCGCUACGCAUGCUGCCCCGGCUGGAAGAGGACCAGUGGGCUUCCCAGGGCCUGUGGAGCAGCAAUAUGCCAGCCGCCCUGCCGGAACGGAGGGAGCUGUGUCCAGCCUGGCCGCUGCCGCUGCCCUGCAGGAUGGCAGGGUGACACCUGCCAGUCAGAUGUGGAUGAAUGCAGUGCUAGGGGGGGCGGCUGUCCCCAGCGCUGCGUCAACACUGCCGGCAGUUACUGGUGCCAGUGUUGGGGGGGGCACAGCCUGUCUGCAGACGGUACACUCUGCGUGCCCAAGGGAGGGCCCCCCAGGGUGGCCCCCAACCCGACAGGAGUGGACAGUGCGAUGAAGGAGGAGGUGCAGAGGCUGCAGUCCAGGGUGGACCUGCUGGAGGAGAAGCUGCAGCUGGUGCUGGCCCCACUGCACAGCCUGGCCUCGCAGGCACUGGAGCAUGGGCUCCCGGACCCCGGCAGCCUCCUGGUACACUCCCUCCAGCAGCUGGGCCGCAUCGACUCCCUGAGCGAGCAGAUUUCCUUCCUGGAGGAGCAGCUGGGGUCCUGCUCCUGCAAGAAAGACUCGUGACCGCCCAGCGCCCCAAGCUGGACUGAGCCCCUCACGCCGCCCUGCAGCCCCCAUGCCCCUGCCCAACAUGCUGGGGGUCCAGAAACCACCUCGGGGGUGACUGAGCCUCGGGGUGACUGAGCGGAAGGCCAGGCAGGGCCCUCCUCCUCUUCCUCCUCCCCUUCCUCAGGAGGCUCCCAGGGCCCUGGCAUGGGGUGGGCUGGGGUCUUCUGUGUGAAUCCACCCCUGGCUACCCCAACAGCAUCCCAAGGCCAGGUGGCCCCUCAGCUGAGGGAAGGUACGAGCUCCCUGCUGGAGCCUGGGACCCAUGGCACAGGCCAGGCAGCCCGGAGGCUGGGUGGGGCCUCAGUGGGGGCUGCUGCCUGACCCCCAGCACAAUAAAAAUGAAAUGUGA